AUGCAAAAUCUGUCCUAUCUGGGGCCUCCGUUCAGCGAUCCCGGCUUCUCUCCUCCACGACCCAACAGCUCCUCUCUGUCUGUGCCCAGCGCGGCCACACGGGUGGAUCUGUGGCGCGGGCUGGAGAACGGCGCCCGUCUGGCGCAGAACCAGCGGGCCUACAGCAUUCUCCUGUGUGCCGUGAGGGAGCUGGCGCGCUCCACCCUGUGUCCGUAUCUCCAGAGCUCGCUCAUGCACUUCUGCUCCGGCCUCAGUGGGCUGCUGGGCUCCAUAUCUGGCCUGAUGAACGCCCUGGGUUACACCAGCCUCCCGCCCUCCACACCCGCUCAAGGAUACGCUCCACUUCUGUCCUCACAGUUUCAGAACAGCCCUGCUCCUCUGCGGAGUUACGAGCCUCGGGGCGCGAGAGAGGGAACGACUCGGGCAGAUCUGAAGAGGGGCAGGAGAGGACGGAGAAAAGAAGGAGAGAGCUGGGCUGCCAGAGAGGAGAGAGAGAAAGAGGAAGGAAUGGAGAGAUGGGGGAAACGGAGAAGACUGUUGAGCGUGGAUGAAGAGAACAUCCUGAAACUCAACAUGAACUACACAGCUUUAAAAUUCGGAAAGCAGCCUGUGCUUUUUUCACCGGUGUCUCUACAGCAUCGUCGAGCUAUUCGGUCCACGCACGCCGGACUCUCUCCUCUCUCGCUGCUUUAUCAGUACGGAGGGUCGGCCACUGAGGUUCACACUUUGCUGGCGGCCCCCGUGUUGUCGUCUCGUCCUGCAUCGAAUGACUUCUCGCGGAAAGUGGAGGGAUUCUGGGUACUGAGAGAGCUGCAGAGCUGGCUUUGGAGAUCCGCCAAAGACUUCACCAGACUGAAGAAACGACUGCGCGUUUGAGACCCAAACAACGGCUUUGCUUCAAAACCUAGUGAGCUGCCUUCUAGCAAAAUUUCGCAAACCAAAAACGUUAAUUGCGA